AUGGAUAUUGAGAAUAAUUCAAAAAAUGAAGACCCAACUUAUCGUUCGAAAGAAAAAAUAUUUGGUACAAAGGUGUGUCAACAAAAAAAAAAGAAAAAAGUUAAUGCUUUAAAAUAUCACUUGUCUGAACAAGCUCAAAAAGUAAAAAGGAAAAGCAUUGAUGAAACAAAUGAAAAUGAAGAAUAUUCACAUCAUGCCAUAGGAAUAAAUCAUACAAAAACCAUGGAAAUAAAUGAUAAGGAAAAAAAAAAAAUAUAUAUAUGUAAUAACAAAAAGAUAUGUAACAUAAAAUCAAAUGAUAUAAAAUUAAUGAUAACAAAAUCUAAUAAUAUCGACGAUGGUAUACUACACACAAGUAGUAAUAAUAUAGGAACUAGCAAAUUGGAAAAGGGCACAAAAAAGGGAAAAACUGAAAAAAUUGGAAAAUAUGAAAAAUAUGGAAAAAAGGAAAAAAAUGGAAAUAAUGAAAAAAUGACCCAAAUUCAUAACAGAAAUAAAAUAUGUAAAAAAGAUUAUAUCGAAAUAAAAAUAAAUCAAGAUGAGGAUAUUUUAAAAAAUAACAAAGAAAAAAUAGCUGAUAAUAAAAAAUAUAUUAAGAAUAUUUCUUUAUCACAUAUAAAUGUUAUAAAAGAUGAAAAAAUGAAAACAUGUAAACACAGUAAUAAUCAUGUCAUUAACAUUUUUGAAAAAUAUGAUAAUAAUAUAUCUUGUUUGAGUACUUUUUCUGAUUUAAAGGAACAAAAUGAAAAAUGUUUUAAAAAUGACAAAGAAAAAAUGAAUCGACAAAAUAAUCAAAGAAGUAUGAACAAUAAUAUAUAUUCUUUAAAUGAUAAGUGCAUAAAAAAAAAAAAAAUAAAUAAUAAUAAUAAUAAUAAAAAUAAAAAUAAUGUAAAUAAAGAAAAUAAUAAAUAUGAUGAAAAAAAUAAAUAUGAUGAAAAAAAUAAAUAUUUUGAGAAGAAAAAAAAUUGUGAGAAAAAUAUAAAUAUCGAGAAAAAUAAAAACCAUAUAUACAAUUUAUGGAAUGAAAAAUAUUUAAAAAAAUUAAAGGAACUAGAAAAGAAAAUAAGAAGGGAAAAUAAAAUUAAGAGCAAUAUAAUUAAUAAGAAAAAAAGCAAACAUACCCAAAAUAAUAUCCUUAAUUUUAAAACUCAACAAAAAGAUAAUUUGAAAAAAAUUAAUCAUAUAAGUUCUCUUGAUUUUUCUGAAGGCAAAAAGGAAAAUUUUGAGGAAAAUAUGAGUGAUCUUGUUAAAAAUAAUUAUACUGAUUAUAAUUAUUAUGAAGACGAACAACCUAUUCAAUUAAAAGAUAAUAAUCAAUGUUUUUAUAAUAAUAAUAAUAAUCAAUAUGAUAGUAGCAGUAUGAUUUUGAGAGAAAAUUCAAAGGAAUCCAAUGAUCAUAAUGAUCACAAUGAUCAUAAUGAUCACAAAGAUCACAAUGAUCACAAUGAUCACAAUGAUAACAAUGAUCAUAAUGAUCAUAAUGAUCACAUUGAUAACAACAAUAAUAAUAAUAUGAAUAUCCGUGUUAAUAAUAAAAGUAAAUUGAGAAAAUUUGUUUAUAUUUUUUGCAAUGGCUGUUUAGUUGUAUUUUUAGGGGUUAGCAAUAAUAUUUGUGGUAGAAUGAGGAAUCGAGUUUUAAAAAAUUUUGAUAGUUUAACGGCUUCAUAUAAUGCUUUAGCUUAUGUUACUAUUUAUUUAACUUUGUGUAUAUUAUAUACAAAUUCGAGACGUAUAAGAAAAGAACAUUGGUUAUAUAUAUAUCCAUGUUUAAAAAAUUUAUUAUUUAAAAAAAAUAAAAGUAAAAAUAAUAUGAACAAUAAUAAUAAUAAUAAUAAUAAUAAUGACCAUAACAAUCACAAUCAUAAAGAUAGUAAUAAAGAAGUAGAAAGUAAUAAUUAUUAUGAAGAUUAUUUUGUAACAAAUGAUUCUUAUAAAAAGGAAGAUCAAAAUUUACUUGCAAAUUAUUCUAUGGAUAUAAAACAGAAGGAAGAAGAAAGGAUGAAACAAAAAAAAAAAAAAAAAAAAGCAAUUUCUAAUUUUUUUCAUUUCAACAAGAAAAAGAUAUAUGAACCUUUAUUAGGAAGAAAUGAAAAAAAAAACAAAAAAACAAAAAAUGAUAAUUAUGAUAAUAAGAGCGAAAAUUUUAAUAAUUAUACAGAUGAACGUUCUAAAGGUCAUAAUGAAAAUCAAUCCUAUUACCAAUCGACACAUAAUUCAUCCAUGAAAAAUAUGUUACGUGAAGAUGUAGGUAAUCAUAAUGAAAGUAGUAAUAAUAAAAUGUGUGAACAAAAUCAAAUGAUGAUAUGUAAUUCAUAUCUUAUGGAUGAUGACAAUAUAUAUAAUAAGGAAAUUAGAAAGAGUAGUAUGGAUAAUAUAAAAGAUGAUAUUACUGGGAAAUAUAACAUGUGUGAAAAAGGUUAUCAUAAUAUAAGUAAUAGUAAUAAUAUAACAUAUGAUGAUCAUAAUAAUAAUAAUAAUAAUAAUAACAUUAAUAAUAAUUAUAAUAGUAUAUAUAAAUAUUAUUACAAUAUAAUAAAAAUAAAAUGGAAUAGUUUAGGUGCAUAUAAAUAUGUUAUUAUGAUAGCUUUACUGGAUAUUGUUGCAAACACUUUAUAUUUUGUAUCUCAGUUGGCUAUUCCUUUGACUGUUUUAUUAUUAUUGAAUCAAUUAAUUUUUAUAUUUUCUCUUAUUUUAUCUUUUUUUAUAUUAAAAAGGAAAUAUAAUAUUCAUCAUCUAAUAUCAGUAAUUAUUGUUUUAAUUGGAUUUUUAUUUUUUUACAUUCCUUUUGUGUAUAAAGAUAAUAUAAAAAUAAAAAAAGAAAGUUGUGUAAAUUAUUAUUUGAAUUCACAUUAUGUCAUAAAUAUAAAUAAUAUAUAUGAUGACGAUAUGUAUAAUAGAUGUGAUGGAGGCAAAAUUUACAAUAAUAUAAAUACUGUGGGAAAUAUGAAUAAUGGUUAUAAUCUGAUGAGUGAUAAUGAAAUAAAUAUUGACGAUAGUAGUAACGGUAGAAAUACAACCACAAAUAAUAAUAAUAAUAAUAAUAAUAAUGAUAAUAAUAAUAAUAAUAAUAAUAAGCCCCCGUGUAGUGACCCCUUAUGUGCAUCUCCAUUCAGCUUAGUCUUCUCUAUUUUUCUUUGUCUUAUAUCCAUUUUCUUAACCUCCUUUGGAGGUAUACUAAGAGAAAUAUUUUUUCAAGGAUAUAACAAUAAAUAUGAAAGCGAGAAAAAAGAUAUUGCUUAUGAAAAGGUUCAUAUAGAUGAUCCAGACUCCUACUAUAAUAUGUCACACAUCAAGAUGCACAACAAGAAGGAUAUUUGCUUUAUAGAUGAUAUAAAUAAUUCGUUUGAAUAUUAUGAUGAUAUAGAUAAAAAAAAUAAAACAAAUUUGUAUAGAAAAGAAAAAAACAAUGUACAUACCUUUAAUAUGAGUACAUCGUAUUCAAAUAAUGAUGAAAAUUUUAUGAAAACAAAGAAAUAUAAAAAUACGGUUGAUGAAUAUUCAAAGUUUAAACAAAUAAAUAAUAAAUCAUAUCAUAAUAACAAAAGUGUUAAUUAUAAUAAGAAUAAUGUAACAUAUAUAAAUAAUAUUCUGUGUGAUGAAAAAAAGAGUUCUCAUAUAAAUAAUUAUGAUUAUAAAAAUGAUAUACAAUAUAUAUAUAAACAAUAUAAUAAAAGAAGAAAAAUAAAAGAUAAGAUUAGUGUUAUUUUAUUAUCAUUCAAUGUAUCGCUUAUACAAGUAAUAUUCCUACCAUUGAUUAUAUAUUUUCAAAUGUUAUUUAAUAAAAAUAAAAAUAUAUCAUAUUUAUUAUUUAUCAAAAAUAGUUUAAGAUGCUUUUAUGGAGAUACCAUCGAUAAUAAUUUAAAUUGUAAAUAUUCUUUUAUGGUCUAUACUUUAUAUAUUAUUGUAAACGCAUUGUUCAAUAUAAGUGUUUCUUCAUUUUAUAGUAAUUAUUCAUCAGCUGAAUGUUUCCUAAUAUUAAAGUCUUCUACACCCAUUACAUUAAUUGUUCUAUACUUUUAUAAUAUACCUUUCAUAUCAGACACAGAUAAAUAUUUUUCUUUUUAUUUUCUUAUAAGUAUAGUUAUUGUCUUUACAGGAGUAAGCUAUUUUUUCUAUCAAUCCAUAGUAGAAGAAAAAAAAAAAAAAGAAAACACACAGCAAUUAAGGUAA